UAAACAGGCCAAAGAAUAAUAGUUGUACCACGAAGAUGAUUUUUUUCGGAUAAUUUUUUUUGUUAAUGUGUAUGUCAUCCCUAUCUUUGUUGUUUUUUUUAUUAACGCCGUUAUCAACUAUUUUCAUCUUUAAUUUGAAAUUUAUGUUUGUUUGUUAUUGUUACUAAAAUAUCAUCAUUUUGUGACAAAGAUCAAUUAGAUUACCUAAGUGUUUGUUGAAUCGGUCAUUAUUGUUUGUCAACAAAUAUUAACGUUCAUUUUCAAAGUUUUUUUUUGUCAGUUGUAUUCAAUGACAAUAGAAAAUACAUUUCAAUCAUAAAUCCGAUUGCCAUUGUUGUGGGAAAAGAUUUCGGAAUUUUUUUUAUACUUCCUCAUUUUUUUUGUUUACCCGUGUGUCAUCAUUAAAACCGGUCCAAAAUUAAUCCCCAAGCGAUCGCAGAAAUUGAAGCACUCAUGGAAUUAUCGGCGGUGGGAGAACGGGUCUUCGCCGCAGAGUGUAUUUUGAAAAAACGAACUAGAAAGAAUAGGGUUGAAUAUCUUGUCAAAUGGCGAGGAUGGUCAAAAAAAUACAAUACCUGGGAACCUACAGAAAAUAUACUGGAUCAUCGAUUAAUUGAUUCAUUCAAUAAAGCACAGAAAAGAAGGGCCAAUAAAGCAAAUGGUCGUGGUAAAUCAUCAAACACCGCAUCUAUAACAAAUGAAACGAAUCCGUCGGCUAGCGCUGAAACCAAUAACAAAAAUAGCCAGGACGGAUCUUCUCGAAAGAGCUCGACAGUAAAAGAGACAGCAUAUAAUAAGAGAAAAUCAUUAGCGGAUAAGUCUUCCACACAAGCAAAAGUAUCCAAAUUGAAAAGUGAUCGAACAACCGACAAUAGUGAUCAAGUUGAUUCGACCGAUGGCGAUUAUGAUGAUUCCAAUUCUGGAGAAACGUCAUUUGAAAAACAAAAUGACAAUAAAAACGAAAUCAGAAAACAGGAACCUACAAAGCUUAUUAAAGAAAAUGAUAAUGAACCACCAGAGUGUCCAAACAAAACAAAUAACGUUAAAGAACAACAAGUGCCCAAGUCAAAUUUUUCGAUUGGACCGCCACCGGAAUUCUGGCGACGGCAAAAUAAAAUCGUUGAUCACAUAAUGGUUACUGAUGUGACCGAAAAUGAUUGUACCAUAACUGUUCGUGAAUGCAGAACUCCUCAAGGAUUUUUUAAAGAAAGAACCGAAAUGAAAAGCAUUGCGGUAUCGACAACAGAUUCUAUGACCGGUAUAAAAUCGGCAAAUAUCCAUUGAAUGAAUUUAUUUUUGUUGAUUACUACUAUCCCACUAAAAAAAAUGAGAAGCCGGCAUUUAUUUUCUCA